AUGGCUUAUUCUGCUUCAAUCACAACCGCCCUAUCUCGCUUUUCCCUAAUCCGAUUCUCUCUAAAACUCUCUCCGUCGUUUCCACACACAACCCCAUUUGUUCUCACUAAACCAAAGGCUCCGAAAUACCGGUUCCGCUUGUUUUCAAUGGCGUCCGAGCCGAAAGAAUCACUCGCCAACAAUCCGGGCCUCCACGCCACCCCAGAUGAAGCCACUAAGAGUUACUUCAUGCAACAAACUAUGUUUCGGAUUAAGGACCCUAAAGCCAGUCUUGACUUUUAUUCACGUGUGUUGGGCAUGUCUUUGCUUAAGAGGCUGGACUUUCCAGAAAUGAAGUUUAGUUUGUACUUUUUGGGCUAUGAGGAUCCUACAUCAGCUCCAACUAACCCGGCUGAUAGAACAGUUUGGACCUUUGGCCAGAAGGCUACAAUUGAGUUAACACAUAAUUGGGGUACUGAAAGUGAUCCAGAAUUCAAAGGAUAUCACAAUGGGAAUUCGGAACCUCGAGGCUUUGGACACAUUGGUGUCACAGUUGAUGAUACUUACAAGGCAUGUGAGAGAUUUGAACGUCUCGGGGUGGAGUUUGUGAAAAAGCCAGAUGACGGAAAGAUGAAAGGGAUAGCAUUCAUUAAGGAUCCUGAUGGUUAUUGGGUUGAAAUCUUUGACCUUAAAAUGAUAGGAAGCAUUACAGGUGGUGCUUCGUGA